CACAUCCCAUCAUGUCCCAUCCAACCCACAGCAAAGUGGGGAUACAUGGACUGAGUACAUCACACUUUUCAUUUCUUUCCUUCUUCCUUCUCUCCGCCUUUCCCCUUUCCUUCUUUCAUUCUCUCUUUCGCACUCUCGCAGAUAACACUCUUUUCCUUCUUCCCUCCUUCCCUCCUUCCCUCUUCUCUUCUUCCCCCUCUCUCUCACACACUUUCACAUAUUCUUUCCCACAUACACUCUCCCACACUCUCGCAUUCCUACACUCUCACUCUAUCACUCUUCCUCGCCUAUUUUUACUCCUCACCUAUCACAUUGAAUCCCAGCACUGCACACACUUUUUGCUUCGCUUGUGCCGACGCAUCAACCAUCCUUACCAGGCACCCACCUUUUUCUAGAUUCUGACAAUUGCUUACGCCUUCCCUUCCUCCUCCCUCCUUCCCAUCCCUCUCCUUUGCUUUCCCUCCCACGCCUCCCUUCCCUCGUCGUCUCCACUUUGGUAUGAAGCACCACGAACCUCGUUCUCUUUCUCACUCCUCUUCUGUCUGCUACUCAAAACCCGCCCCCGCUCCCUCGUCUUUACAUACCACGUCACACAUACCAUCCAAUUCUACUCCACCAUUGUCCCUGCCUUCGCCCCCACCCUCCUUUCAUGUCCUCGAUCAGCCCCAGCCCCAGAAGCAAUCCCAUUGUCGCCCUCACUUCGGGGAGGACAGCAAUAGCAGACACAGGAACGUUCUUCGUUUCAAGUCUAACCUGUCUUCAUGUAUGUCCCUGGCUCACAUGAGCAACCAUUGUGAUAUGAAGCACUUAUCCUGCGACAAGGAUUUCACACCAGCAUCAAGGCCACCAUCACCGCCAACGGAAACAGCAAUGCAGUGUCAUCGCUCUCAACAACCACAUCAACAGAGUCAACUGUAUGGCUCUCCCAGGCCUGAUAUCUUCGAUGUAUCUGCACUGGAUAACAUCAGACACGAGGAGGGCUCUCAUCUAUCCCCCGCACGCCCUUCAGAAUACUACUCGGACUCCUCGAUCGCAAACUUAAAGGACUGUUAUCAUGAUGAUGAAGGGUCUGUGGUAGCUAUCGGUAAUGCUACUGGUGAUGCAGGUGCAAGGGAAAGCCAAGGGUGCAAGGAUGAUAGUGAAGAUAGUGUUUGUAGCACAAGAUGCGGCCGUGCAACUAAAACAGGCACUAUUUUAGCUCGUGUCACACCUUGUCCGUCUGUCGAUGCUCUCGCUGGCCCUGGCUCACCGGAGGACUGUCCACCCGCGUGUGCCUCCGCUUUGAUUUCGUGCAACAGUAUCAACUCUGCGCGCUCAAUUGCUUCAGCUCCCGACCUGUCUAUUCACCAAUCGCAAUCAUCAUCACCAGAGCAACUGCCGAGCACGAGCCAACUGCUAGAGCAUCCCCAUAUCAUAUUCCCUAGCAUGCAUCAAUCCGACGAUAUCAUCGCACCAAAGCAAUCAACAGCCGCCUCCGAGUCGUCAAUCGCACUGCCAUCAAUAUCGACCUUUGAGCUCAUUGACGGAGACAAAAGUGCCAAGGCGCCCUUCAUGCAAGGGUCUUCAAGAAGCUGGGGAUUGAAGCACGACCGCAGUCUACACAGGGAGAGCACCGCCACAGAUCAGGACAGCGACGAUGCUGGGCAAGAAAGCUCUACCGAAAGCGAGGAGAGCAGUGAUUCAGAGGUUGAAAGGAGGCUAGCAUUGGAGCCUCACAAGCCCAUCUCCAUGAAACGCAGGAAGGCAAGUGAAGAGGACGAGGACGAGAACGAGGACGAGGACCAGAAUGAGGACCUCAUGCAAAGACAAGCUAGCGGGAGAUUGUCUCCCUCAGACACCUCCAGCCCUCCUCGGAGGCAAUCUCAGCAACCAGUAGAGUCCUCAUCCACGCCACCAUCUCCCUCCAGGGCAUCGCCACAUCGACCUUCCAGCUGGCCUGCCCGAAAGCGGAGGAGCAUCCUCGCAGACCCAUCUCCAAAGUUCUCUGUGCCCUGCCAAACCGAUCCCCCUUCGUGCAGCAAUCUUGAUACAUCAUCCCUCAGUCUGCUCUCUGCCACUUCUGCUCUUGUCUCUGCGGGUACUAUCCCACCGCUGGACAGCAAGGACGGAUUUCUGCCGCCGCUAUUGUCUCCACCAGCCUCGACGUCUUCUUCACCGUCAUCAUCGCCAACUUCUUCACCGACAGAACCUCAAUUCGCAUCGAUCCUGGGCUCGUUUGCAUGCGCUAAGGCAUCUAAUGCCACCAAAACGCGACGUUCGUCCUCGUUCUGUCGACGCCUGCGGUAUUGUUUCCCACUCCUUGGCGCCUGUCGCAAACGGAACUUUGAGGAGGCAAUCGAGCUGACACGACCUCUCGGAAACGAUCCCUCAGUCGAGCAUGCCGGAUGGCUCAGUUCGAUCAAGCGGCGAAAGAUUCACCACUAUCCAACACGCUGGACUUCAACUCUGUCGCCCUCACCAUACGUGAAACUGAUGGCAAUGCGCGAUUUUUGGGAUGUGAUGCAAUCCCGUCUGGAUCUGUCUUGGCUUGACCUAUUAACCAUCACAACAUCAACCUGUCAGGAAUUUCAAGUCGAGACAGAGCAAACGGACAUUAUUACUGACUGCAAGGGCACUGUUGAUGAUGUUAAGAAGGGUACCGGGGCAACCCUCAGAGAAGAAAGCACGGAUAUCGACACGGGAAUGAAGGCGAAGGAGGUCAAGUCGUCUGAUGAAGUAUGGUCAUUGUGCCUGAAGACUCGCAGAAGAACCGUAGUUCAACAUCCGAAUGCAGGUCUAUUUUUGAGAGGACUCUGGGAAGAAGAGGAGAGGAGUCGUCGACAACGGCAGAUGGUUCCGGAGAGCGUUCACAAGACGAUGAGAAGCAAGGUCUUGAACAGGAAACCCCUUCCUCGGUCAAAUGUUCCCAGAAGUCAGCCAGUGUCGUGGAUUAUUCCAAAGGAUACGAAAGACUUGAAGGAUUCCUCAGCCUCCUCAUCGUCGUACGUCAAGACCUCUGAUCAAGCAACGGAGAAAUCGAAGAACGACGAGGAUACCAAAGAGAAACGGAAAUCGGAUGCGAAGUCGUCCCAGCAGAACCAGGCUGAGCAAGAGAUGAUACUGCGGAAGAAGCCUGGUCCUGCAGCAGCUGUUCGAUCGAAUGCUCUUUCUGAAGGAUAUGAUCUGAACGAGCACAAGCCGUGGAGGGAUGCUACGAUCACACCACAUCGGGGCAGCAUUCGCUCUUUGUGCAAGAUGCGCAGUACCAUGCUCGAGCCAUGGCCGUCUGAGAAAUCUAGGGCCAAGGAUGAAUGUACUAGGGUUCUACACCGCAUGCGUGAACAACUGAACGUUGUCAUCAAUCUGCAGAUUCAUCUGCGAUCUAUGAUCAAGACAACACCUUCACACAUGUCGUUCCUGCUAUCGAUCCGCCAUCCUGGUCAGGUUUCGGUAGAGCUACUGAAUGCGCUCUAUGGACCGCAGUUCAUGCAGACGAGUGCCUUCCGAUCGAUCGAGCAAUUGCUAUGGGGGAAACACCAGCCUGCCAGGAUUGAGCACCAGUAUCACCACCAAUAUCAUCACUCGCAGCACCAAAACCCAGGCUAUUUGCCACACUCGUCGCAUGCGCCAGAUUACAGAUACCACGAUCAUGAGAACCAGCGGUCUUUUGAGAGCAAGUUAGAUUCUGGCGUUCAGGAUCAGCAUGGCCAACCUGCCCAUUACCAUCGCUACCAUCAUCAGGGAGGACGUCGACACGAUCAUCAUCACCACGACGGCAUGGAGGAUAAUGAGGGAUGCGAGUUUGAGGAGGAGUUUGACGAGCAAUCGUAUCAGGAUCCUAUGAUGGGUUUGGAUCAUAUCGUUGAGAUUGGGGAUCAUGGAGCCAAUCGUUGCCACAGUGAUAUGGAGGUCGAAGCUAAGGCAUGGAUCAGAGAGAUGGUGAGUGAGGACGAUGAGAUCGAGGCACUCGGUGUAUCGAGAGCUCCCCGCGAUGGAAUCCUGGUUGAGGUCCAUCAGGGGUGAAGAGGUACAGGCUCUUUUGUUCUGCCUUGUUGGGCACCAUCUGUGUAUUAGAUUUCAUGUUUCAAUUUUUUUUGUAGACUAUCCUUCUUUGCCCGACUCCUAUACAAUAUUAGAACAACCAUCAAAAUGUCAACUUAGAAAAGUCUUGCUUUCUUCAAUUAUCUGAGUAAAUGAGAGGGAGGAGAUUUUAAUUUCUAUCAGUUCCAGCAGCGGCUCUUUUUGUGA